AUGGAGUACUGGAAUCCAUUUUUGAUGAGAUCCCUGUCCGUGCUGAGUCCUACGGGCCUGCGCCUGUACUCGAUAGCCAGCCAGGACAAGGUGGAGGAGAUCUUCGCCAAGGACAACACGGAGCAGAUCCGAAUAGUGGAGCGCCUGUUCAACAGCUCGCUGGUGGUGCUGGUCACCGCCCAGAAGCCAAACUGCCUCAAGAUGCUGCACUUCAAGAAGAAGCAGGACAUCUGCAACUGCUUCUACCCGUCGGAGAUCCUGUGCGUCCGCAUGAACCGCCAGCGGCUGAUCGUCUGCCUGGCGGAGAGCAUACACAUCCACGACAUCCGCGACAUGAAGAUCCUGCACUCCAUCGAGAACAUCGCUCCCAACGAGCAGGGCCUGUGCGCCCUGUCCCUCAACUCGCACCUGGCCUUCCCGGUCUGCCAGAACAGCGGCGAGCUGCGCAUCUUCAACGCCAGCAAGCUGCGCACGGGCAUGACCAUCAGGGCCCACGACACGCCCCUCUCGGCCCUGGCCUUCUCGCCCAGCGGCGCCCUGCUGGCCACCGCCUCCGAGCGCGGCACCGUCAUCCGGGUCUUCUGCGUCAAGAAUGGCCAGCGGGUGCAGGAGUUCCGGCGCGGCGUCAGCUGCGUCCGCAUCGCCUCACUGGUCUUCUCGGCCAGCGGGGACUUCCUCUGCGCCUCCUCCAACACGGAGACCGUCCACGUCUUCAAGAUCGACGCGCGGGCAGUGGAGAGCGUCGAACUGAAGGCGAUAGGUAAGUUGGUUGCCCAAGGGGCGUUUUGGGAUCUGUUUAACACUCGGGACAGGAUGGAUUAUGACCGGUAUUUUACAAACGGAGGUGCACAAAACUCCAGUGGGUUGCUUAAAACAAUUAAAAACAAGAAGAAACGUUGCAGUCGAGUGAUCCGACUGCUAUUUACCCUUUACCUAGCUUACCAAUGUCCAAUGAAAUUUGCCCCUUCAAAUUAACCUUAGGUUAGCGAGCUCAGUUUAAAAGCUAGAGAUUUGAAACUUUUGCAAUCGUUAUACAUUUGAAAUUUAAUUUGAGAAAAUUUAAAGUUGCCCUGAGUGAUGUUUUUAUGGUGUUUAGAACCUAUACAUA